CAAUAUUCAAAAUGGCGUCUGCAAGCCCUGGUGGAAGUAGAAAUUCUUCUCCAAGCAACUCACCUCGAAGGGGGAAGAUGAACGUCUCUUCUCGUAUAGCUGGUAUCAUUGAGAAGGAACCACUGCCUAACAUAAAUGAACGCUUAGGUCAUCUUCGUCCAUCCAGAGAGUUAUUGGAAUAUUAUCGGAAGAAGAUUGCAGAAUAUGACGAAGAGCAUGAAGGGCUUGUUGCAAAGAUGGAGGAGUAUAAAGUCACCUAUGAAGAACAGCAUAAAUUACAAUGGGAGAUGCGACAACGUGAGGAGGAGAUAGUGGAACUACAGAAGGCCUUGAGUGACAUGCAGAUCUACCUGUUCCAGGAGAGGGAACAUGUUCUCAGAUUGUAUGCCGAGAAUGACAGACUUAAGAUACGAGAGCUUGAAGAUAAGAAGAAGAUUCAGCAGUUGCUAGCAUUGAGCGGAACUCCUGACAGCGAAAUCACAUACUUCCAUAAGGAGCCACCCGCCAAGGCCGUCGUAGAACAGAAGGCUCCAAGACGACCGCAGAGUGCCACACUGCAGAACAAAAAAGAUACAAAGAAACCGUCCUCACCUCAGAAGAAAGGCAGCAUUGCAUUGUCAACUGAAGAUAAAUACCAGCAUGAUAACCAAGCCCUGUCCCUGCAAGUCGAAGCUCUGCAGUCUCAAAUCCAAGAGCAGGCUAAACUGUCCAGAGAGCAGGUCCAAGCAUUGAUAGAGGAUCGACGAGUGAAAGACGAAGAACUGGAGACAAGAAGACAGCGAGAUGAGGCCAAGAUUCACACCCUCACUGAAAAAUUACACAAAACACAAGAUCUGCUUUACGAAAGCACAAAAGAUUUCCUGGAGUUGCGAUAUCAGGGCCGUGCUAGCGAGCGUCUUUGGAUGGCAGAAAAAGACAAGCUUCUACGAGAGCUUGAUCAGUGUAAACAGAAGCUUAACAUCUCACCGAAAGACGAUAUCCUCACUACUCCAUCAUCAUACGACACCAAAUCACAUUACAUUGAAGAGCUCAAGUCAUUGGAGUACCAGCUUCAGCAGUCACAGAAAUUGUCUGAGAUGUAUCGAGAACAAGUCAUACAGUUGGAAGAUGAGUUGUCACGGAUACGAGAAGAGGGAGAUGUCACCAGGGAGAUAUUUAAGGAUCGUGGUGAUAAGAUGGGCAAGCGACUGAAGCUGAUGAACCAGCGAUACCAAGAUUUGGAAAGGAGACGGAACCUAGAGGUGGAGGGAUUUAAAACAGACAUCAAAAAUCUCCGCACCAGACUCAAGGAUGUGGAAAGACAGCUGUAUAAGGUUACAAUUGGAUUCUCUGAAGACAUGGACGCCAAGCGCCCUGAUGACCUUGACAUGCAGAUAUUGCGCAAUAUCCGGGCAACAUCUGGGCGGUCAAAGAAAAUGGUCGGCGAGCUGAAAAACCUCAAGGCUAAGAUGUACAGCAUAGAAAAUGAUAUGAAGCAUUUAUGAGGAUUGUAAACUUGUAUAUUGAUAUAUCUGUUGAAAUAUUCAUUCCAUUUUGAAAGAUAUUUUUCCUCUCCUCCACAGAAAAUGCACAGUGAUUCAGUCAUAUUUCAGUAGUAACUUAAAUCAUUUUAAUGCUAACUGUACCAGUUUGAAAUGGUAAAUGUUGUAUCAUAACCGGUAGUUUUACCAUUAUAUGAAAUAUUUAAUCUUGAAAAUGGGAGUCCUUUCUUAUCAGCAUUAGGUACAUGAAUAAAAAGUGAAGAUUAUUUUCUAUGAAAUAUUGAUAACAUAACUUUUCUUACAAAUUUAACACCAUUUUGUUAGGUACAUGUUUAUCGCAGAAACAAAAUAACUGUACUUUUGAAUGUAUUCUGUAGUGUUAUAUAUAAAAUAUAUCAAACGUUGUUUAUCAACCAGUUACCAAUUUUAUGAUGGAUAAUAUGCAGCUAUACUCCCCAGCAUAUGAUUUAAAUUAGUUGUUUGUCCAGUGUACUCAACACUGAUUAAGCAAUUUUACCUAAUCAUUGUCACCCCCAGCCAACAUGCUCGACCCCGAUCCCCCAUGCAUAUUAAUUACCCAAGCGUAUUAUCUACAGUUAAAUUUGGUAAUGAAGAUAUUCUCAAUACGACUCGUUUUGAGUAUCCUUUAUUUUGCUAUAUUUUGUUGUCUAGUUGUGUUUGAUUGUAAUCUAAAUCAAGCAUUUGCUCUGAAAUCCAUCACUAGGCUGCAGUAAAUAAAUAGUUUAUUUGAUUGUUAUGUACAACCAGCAUUCCCCCUGCAAUUCAUCUCUAGGCAAGAAUAAAUUGAUAGUUUAUUAAGCGUUUCAUGACUGAAGUCCAAAAAUAGAGCUUAAGAUUAAAACAAAAAACAACAACAAAAACUUGCCUACCCACCAACACCUUGAUAUCAAAUUAGGACGGCAACAAUCAAACUCUUAAUAUAUUGUGGCCUUAAACCUUUUCUUUCAGUCACACCUGUUAAUUACACCCAACAAAAAGUCUAAUUACUCUUAACGUGAAUUUAAUUGAAUUAAAUCAAUUUUAAAUUAAGAAAUUUUGUUCAAUGUUAGAAGUGUUUAUAUAAUUCAUCACAUCAGGUGAUCAUUUCGAAAAAAUUGUGACUGCUUUUGUUAUUCUCCAAUAAAUGAAGAAAGCGUUCAGGUGUGCUUUUUUCCAGUACAUGAAAACUUGUCUGAAUUUGAAACAUUUUACAAACAUGAUUUAAGUUAUCAAAAAAGAGAGGAAUGAAUCUUACUGAAAAAACUUUUGAGAGAGAAAAAAGCAACUGACAGGUUUAUUAAUCUUACUAUUAAUUUUAGAUUUAGUACAAACAGAUUUUGUGUAUAAUGAUUUAUUGCCAGGUAGCUUUAACCACAACAAUGACAACAGUUUGAAGUAGUCACACACGUUUUUAUGUUUCUCGUAUCUGUAUUUAGUCCAUUAUUUAUGACAAUUCUGUGAUAGAUUUUGUAGAUAGAGGUGUAUGUAUUUUGUACUAGAAAUAAAUCCUGAAAAACUA